CAGCUCACAACCCGGAAGUGCUUCUCCCUUACCCAACGAGGUCAAAAUGGCGGCUCGCUGCAUGUGAAGGGGACCGGACGGGAGCCGGCUGAAUGAUCGGAGAACAUGUAUAAAACGCCGUGUAGCCGGCUGUCAGGUUUGAUCGGUGCUAGUGUGAAACAGAAAUUAGCUCAACAUCUCCCUCGAUGUGAUCAGACGGCCCGGGGCCUUAUCCAGCUGCACAGGAGAGAUCCAUCCAAGUGGUUGACCUAUCAGCAGCUCAGCUUCCUUAAACGCCAGUAUGUAGCAAAGAACAACACUGAGCUUCUUCAACGUGCCAUCCCGAAGCAGGCACCGGUCCUGACCAUUGUGGAUGAGAGCGAUGACAGCAUUGAGAGGCAGGUGGAGAGAAUACCAACCAUUGCUCCUGUGGUGUCAGGCCCUGUGCCACAGGUAGAGGAUGCCACCAGUCAGACGCAGCCUGAAGCAAACCCAGCUGCAGCAGAUGUGGCUGCGCAGAAAGAUUCAGUGUCCGGCACAGCUGGGAUUUCAGAUGAGACUCCACAUAUCCAGGUGGAGACGGAGGAGGCGAGGGAGGCUCGUCUGGACAGACAGUGGAAGCAGGUGAAGGUGGAUGUGGCUGACUUACCGGAUAUCUAUGCCAAACUGGCCAAAAUCAGACUCACAGGCUUGGUGGUUACGACUGCAGCAGCUGGCUAUGCGAUGGCUCCGGUGCCGUUUGACCCAUUCAUCUUCUUCGUGGCCUGUCUGGGAACGGGCUUGGCCUCUUGCACUGCCAACUCCAUCAACCAGUACUUUGAGGUGCCGUUUGACUCCAACAUGAACCGCACGAAGAACCGCCCACUCGUCAGAGGACAGAUCAGUCCGCUCCACGCCGUGUCCUUUGCUCUCGCCUGUGGGAUCCCCGGAGUCGCUCUGCUCACGCUGGUGGUGAACCCGUUAACUGGCUUCCUGGGCGCCCUCAACAUCUUCCUCUACACCUGCUGCUACACUCCUCUCAAGAGGCUCAGCAUCGUCAACACCUGGGUGGGAGCGGUGGUGGGCGCCAUUCCUCCCGUCAUGGGCUGGACGGCUGCCACGGGUUGUCUCAGUCCAGGUGCUUUGUUGCUGGGUGGCUUCCUGUACAGCUGGCAGUUCCCCCACUUCAACGCCCUCAGCUGGAACUUGAGGGAGGACUACUCCCGCGGCGGCUACCGCAUGAUGUCCGUCACCCACCCCGGCAUGUGCAAGCGGGUGGCCCUGCGCCACAGCCUGGCUCUGGUGGGCCUGUCCACCUUAGCCCCCGUGCUGGACCUCACCACCUGGACCUUCCCGCUCAUCUCCCUGCCCAUCAACCUGUUCAUCAGCUACCUGGCCUUCCGCUUCUACCGCGAGGGCGACCGCAGCAGCGCCCGCAAGUUGUUCUUCUGCAGCCUGUGGCACCUGCCCAUGCUGCUGCUGCUGGCGUUCACCAGUAAGAAGCCUCGCAGGGAGCCGGAGGAGGCGCCCGCGGCUCUACCCGUCGCUCUGCAGAACUAGCUCCUUUAACCCCCCCCCCGACGCCUCUGACUGAACUGAGCUGCUCCCUCGGUGUCGCUCUCUGACCCCUCCUCCUGCCGAGUCGGGGGCCGGAUGGUGACCUCGUUAUUUGACCUGUUUGAUGGCAGCCAGUGGUGCUCACUGCAGAUCAGGAAUGAUUGUGAUCAAAACAGGAUUUACAGAAAAAAAACACACUGAAUCAUUGCACCAGUUUGUGAUCAUUUCAAUAUGUGUGUACCGUGUAUAUUCUGUAUUUAUUUGUGUAGGGGCCCAACAGUUCCUCUGUGUUGUACAGCGUAAAAUUGCUCCUAUGGAUCCAGGCAGCAGAUGCACCGUCGAAAUGCAAUUUAAGAAGAUGGACAUGAAACCAAAAGAUUUAUGCUUGAUUUAAGAUAAAAGGGGCAAAUAUAAUCAUGUUCAGAAGCAGCUAUAUCUUUGCACCACAUGUGUGUUGAUCAUCAUUUGACUUUCACUUGAUCCCUGAUACUUGGUUCACGUCAACACGGUUCACCGGCACCAGAACCAAGGGAGCAGUUGCCUCCUGUGGGAAAAACAAAGGGUAAUCGAUCUCUUAACAAUAAACAAGUGAUGAUUGUGA